ACCUGGCCUACUUAUCCUGGUUUUCUCAAAUUUUGAGCGCAGUAGUAACCCAUGAGUUUCGCUUUGGCGCGCUUCAUCUUUCACACCGGCUGGGUUUUCUCACAAGCGGCAAGUACCACCAGAAACUAUGGCUUUCUCCUUUUAACCCCAAGGAAAAGAAAAUUUACCGCAACUGCUAUACCUGUAGCUCAUAAGUCAAAUGAAGGGCUGUUGGUGGUAGUUGGGGGUGGAGCAGCUGGGGUUUUUGGGGCAAUUAGAGCAAAGACCCUUGCGCCUAAUCUGAAAGUGGUGGUUGUUGAGAAAGGGAAACCUCUGUCAAAGGUGAAAAUAUCUGGAGGUGGCCGGUGCAAUGUCACAAAUGGGCAUUGUGCUGACAAUUUGAUUCUGGCAGAACAUUAUCCAAGGGGUCAUAAAGAGCUGAGAGGAUCUUUCUUCAACAUGCAUGGCCCAGCGGAUACUAUGUCCUGGUUCUCUGAUCAGGGGGUGGAACUUAAGAUUGAGGACGAUGGAAGGGUAUUUCCCGUCAGUAACAGUUCUUCUUCAAUAAUUGAUUGUCUCAUGUCCGAAGCAAUGAAGUUAGGAGUUUCUCUGCAGACCGGAAAAGUUGUGACAACUGCUUCUGCUACUGGUGAUGGAAAAUUCAUCCUCAAGAUUGAGAAGCGAACACUCAGUUAUGUCGAACAUGUUGAUGCUGAUUAUCUAUUGAUUGCUAGUGGUAGUAGUCCGCAGGGUUAUAGUCUUGCAGCUCAGCUUGGUCAUUCUACUGUAGAUCCAGUGCCAAGUUUAUUUACUUUCAAGAUUGAGGAUCCUCUGUUGGCAGAGUUGUCAGGGGUGACAAUCCCUAAAGUUAAAGCGAAACUGAAAUUAGAAAAUGUCAAAAGGAACAUACCGCAGCUAACACAGGUUGGGCCCAUGUUAGUCACACAUUGGGGACUCAGUGGGCCUGUAAUUCUUAAGCUAUCUGCUUGGGGGGCCCGUGAUCUGUUCAGUUUAGGCUACAAAGGGAGACUUAUAGUGGAUUUUACACCUGACUGGCAUAUAGAAGAUGUGAAGUCCAUCCUUAGUAAACACAAGAAUCGGUUUGUGAAGCAAAAAGUGAUCAAUUCAUGUCCUUCAGAAUUUGGCCUUGUCAAGAGAUUUUGGAAAUAUAUAUUGGAUCGUGAGGGUGUAUCUGGAGAUAUGUUGUGGGCUUCCAUUUCUAAUAACUCAUUAAUUUCUGUUGCUUCUCUGUUAAAGAAUUGUACUUUCACAGUGACAGGGAAGGGUCAAUUUAAGGAUGAAUUUGUCACUGCUGGAGGUGUACCGCUUUCUGAGAUCUCGCUGAAUACAAUGGAAAGCAAAAUACAUUCGCGUCUAUACUUUGCAGGGGAGGUACUGAAUGUUGAUGGUGUAACUGGCGGUUAUAAUUUCCAGAAUGCUUGGUCUGGUGGAUACAUUGCGGGAACAAGUAUUGGUAAAUCAGCACUUGGUGCCUAUCUUCAAGAGGGAGUUCUAUGACAAACAUUUGGCCAUGCCUGCUGCUGACUUAUUAAUUGGCAUGCAUGAUGCAUCUGAAGCGUGCAUUCAAAUGACUUGGGGCUUUACCUCAUUCCACAAGCAACAUAACAAUUACUUGCCGUAUCAUCUGGGCCAUCUUAAAUCUAUUUACCUGUCACUUCCAACGGAGUUGACCAAUAUUACCCGUGCAGUUGGUUAAUAUCGGCGAGCGCAUAAAAUGGUUAACAAAGAGGAGCUGGUGUGGCAUUGAGAAUGAUGGUUGGAUUUUCAACGAAAGAGACAAUGGUAAAAUUGAAAUAUCGAGGUAAAAAACAAUGCCAUUCUUGUUACUUGUCAAACUUUGACCCAGUACGUAAUUUCCUUCCGAGCUUGAGAUGGUAACAAAUUAUAUCCUUUUAGAUUUUUAAUUCUUUCCUGCCUCUGCCGCCCAUUGUUGCAUGGGUAUAGGGGCUGUUAAUAGAUAGAGACGUUCGCUAAUAGGCUUGAGUUUAGUU